ACAGAUUCAAAAUACAGGUCAAUGAUGAGAUUGGUUGUAAUUUGGGGAGUUUGUUGCGUUCCGCUUGUUAUUGGAAUAGAACUCGUUCUGGAAGGGGUAUUGAGUGACUAUCAGGAAAAUUCAAUCGUACCUUCAAUUGACCUUGCUAUACUCAAAAUAGAGGAACUUGUCCAUAAUGGAAGGGUUCAUAACAUAACGAUUAAGUACACUCGGUAUAAUCGCUUCUCUUGCUACGCCAAAUAUCCCGUUGUCAGUCCAGCCAUUGCUGCUAACGCUUACCAUACCCGCAAGGUGGCUGCGUUUAUUGGACCAGGUUGUAUUAAGUCCAUUUUGAGCUUGGCCGACUUGGCAGCCGCCUGGAACCUUCCUUUGAUCACUGGUGGAGCACCUGGUUUUGAUCUAGGGGACAAGAAACGAUACAGUACUCUUACAAGAACAUCGCUUUUGGUAGAGCAGUAUGCAAAGUGCUUCGAGGAGCUUAUGGGCUUCUUUGGAUGGAAAGUGUGCUCCUUGAUACAGAUGAACGAGUAUGGUUACUGGGGAGCAAUAACAGAUGGUAUUGAGGAGUUGAUGCCUAAACUGGUGAAAAACAAUUUCUCUUUUUACCGUUUGAAAAUAACAAAUUUUCAUCCUUCUUGGAUGGCUUUGGACAAAGCGAUCCAAGAUUCCAGAGUUAUCUUCAUGGCUGUGGAUGGCGAUACCUUACGUGAGAUCAUGCUUCAUGCCUAUGAUUUAGAUCUUAUCAAUGGCGACUAUGCCUUCAUCAACAUCAUUCCGUUUCGAGAUGAGCAGUUGUUUGGGGACGACUCAUGGGAGCGUGGUGAUAAUCGCGAUGAAGAGGCCAAGGUCGCCUAUCAAGCUUUGAUGACGAUCCGUGUCUUUGAACCUACAUCAGAAGCUUACCGAGAGUUUGAAGAAAAUGUCAGGGAAAGGCAAAAGAGAGAUUUCAACAUCACUGAUUCAGGUGCUGGUUCGAACAUCUUCUUGGCCUCUGCGUUCUAUGACGUCAUGAUCUUAUAUUCUCUGGCGAUUAAUGAAACUAUCGCAGAGGGAGGAGACGUAUAUGACGGUCAUGCUGUUACCAAGAAAAUGUGGAACAGAACAUUUGAUGGAUUAUACGGUAAGGUGAAAAUCAACGAGAAUGGUGACCGUGAUUCAGAGUAUUCUCUUUGGGACAUGACAGAUACUGAGAACGGUACAUUUGAGGUGGUUGGUAAUUUUUACCUGACAUCGUCUGGUUUGAAGUACACGCCUGUCCCUGGUAAACCAAUCAAGUGGCCUGGAGGAGCCACUAGUCCUCCUCGUGAUACUCCAUUCUGUGGAUUCAAUAAUGAAAACCCAGAAUGCCAACCAGACGGGAGGCUUUCGACUCUUGCCAUUUCUGGAAUAGCUGCAGCAUCAGUACUAUUGCUAUCAUUUCUUAUCCUAGUCCUCGUGUACAGGAAAAUACGUCUAGAUGCUGAACUUCUCCGUAUGUCUUGGAAGCUGUCUUGGGAUGAACUCGUGUUUCCUGAAGAAACCAAGUCUGGCCAAUCAAAGUUUUCUGGUUCUUUCGUGACUUCAAUCGGCCAUGGAACAUCACAUCACAGGCAGAUGUUCGCCACUGUGGCUAACUACAAGGGUCGACUGGUAGUGAUCAGAAGGAUUGAGAAAACUAAACUAGAUUUAACUCGGGAUGUAUUGAAGGAACUGAACUAUAUGCGUCAAGUGGAACACAACAACCUUGUUCGUUUCGUCGGCGCAUGCGUAGAUGCUCCCAACAUAUCUAUCAUUUCUGAGUACUGUCCCAAAGGAAGUCUUCAGGACAUAGUUGAAAAUGAUGCCUUAAAACUAGACAACAUGUUCAAGAAUUCUCUCAUCACUGACGUUAUGAGGGGACUGCACUACCUUCACAGCAGUGUGAUCAUGUUGCAUAGUAGACUGUCAUCUUCAAACUGCGUGGUCGACAGCCGAUUCGUUCUCAAACUCACUGACUACGGGCUGACCAAGUUCAGAGACACCGAUAGCAAUGAAAGACAAACCUCAAAGAACGAACAGAAAAUGCUCUGGCAAGCCCCGGAGACACUGCGAUCAGCCAAUCAACAGCCAACUCAGAAGGGCGACAUCUACAGUGUGGGUAUCAUCAUGCAAGAAAUCGUCACAAGAGCACGCCCUUUCGAAGAAGAAAGAAGCUCCAUGGAGAUCGAUGAAAUCGUGAAGAAGUUGACAGAGACGAGUUCACCACCUUUCCGCCCGGAGAUAGACCCUCAACUAUGCACCGAUGAGAUAAGGUCCAUCAUACAAGCAUGCUGGGAAGAAAUGCCAGAGAAUAGACCAGCUACUACAGAUUUACUCUCAAGCAUGAAGAAAAUCAACAAGAAUUUAUCUGGUGGCAACAUCCUUGAUAACUUGUUGAGUCGCAUGGAACAGUACGCCACCAACUUGGAGACACUGGUGGAGGAGAGAACGGCAGCGUUCUUAGAGGAGAAGAAGAGAUCAGAGACACUGCUCUAUGAAGUGCUGCCUAGAUCUGUAGCUGAGCAGCUCAAGCAAGGAUCGUCGGUCAGUCCUAAAUCCUAUGAAAGUGUGACUAUCUACUUCAGCGACAUCGUAGGCUUUACAUCUAUCUCUGCUGAUAGCACACCACUACAGGUGGUGACCUUGUUGAAUGAUCUCUACACAUGUUUCGAUGGCACAAUUGGGAACUUUGACGUCUAUAAGGUGGAGACGAUCGGUGAUGCAUACAUGGUUGUGUCUGGUCUACCGAUCAGGAAUGGGAUUCAUCAUGUCAAGGAGAUUGCUUCCAUGGCACUGUCUCUUGUCAGGGAGGCAUACAAAUUCAGAAUCAGACACAAACCUGAAGAGAAACUCCUCCUCAGGGUCGGAGUUCACUCAGGUGCUUGCGUGGCAGGUGUGGUUGGUCUGAGAAUGCCGAGGUACUGUCUGUUCGGAGAUACGGUGAAUACAGCAUCGCGGAUGGAGUCUACAGGACAAGCAAUGAAAGUUCACAUCAGUGAGUCAACGAAGAAAUUGCUCGAUACCUUUAAGAACUUUGAGACAGAACCCCGUGGUGAGGUAGUCUUGAAGGGUAAAGGCUCUCAACAAACUUAUUGGUUAACUGCGGAAGCAUCGACAAGCGUCAUAGCUUGUCCCGUUACUAAAGUUGAGGUCUGAGCAGUAUGAUCGAAGCUCCUUCCCAUGGAUCUUCAUUUCAUAACAUUUUAUCAACUCGAUAGAUUAUUCAUAAUUUUUGUUUAGGUUACCGAACCCACGGACCAGCUAAAUCAAGGUGUAGGGCAAUACGCCCUCCCUCCUUUCAUUCCGCGACGCUUUAUCAUCAUAUAAGUCAUUAAUAAAUAGUCCGCGUUUGAUCGAUUCGCGUUGCAGCACUAAUAUCAUUUGGAGAGACAUUAAUAUACAUUCGUUGCUCUCCACCCAGGUGUAGUCAAUAGGCAAUUGUAACGCCUAAGUACAGCUGGGCUAAAGCCAAGAUAAUAAAAGUAAUUUUAUAGGGCCCUUUUAGCAUCCUCAGGAUGGAUAUGUCUGUGUGCAAUAAAAAUUUAGCCAUUAUCAUAAGUGCUAUUGUUUAAAAGCCUUGAAAACUGUUGCUAUCAUGAUGUAAUCUUGAAUAUUGUCUUUCUUGCCGCAUACGGUAUAAUACAAUAACGAAGCGAGCUAAACCUUGGGACUUUUGUUCAACGUAGCAGUCACCGAUUUUUUAUUUUUAUGAUAAUGUAUCACUAUUUACCUAUCAUAAACACAAUUGAAAAGA